UGAUUCCCUCCUUCCAAGGCCUCGCCAGCGCUUCAAGUUCGAAGGACUCUGUUCCGCGCCAUACGUUCACUUGUGUUUCUCUUUGUACUUUUUUGUCUUGGUUUUCUUCCCUUUUUCGUUUCUCUUUGAUCUCGGUGUUUCUCCCUCGUCUCUUAGUCUCUUCGUCUUCAACGGCUUGAUACCCUCGUCCAUCCCCAAGCACUUAAGUUGAGUGAACACGCGAGCGUCCAAGGGAAGCAAUAUGGCAACCCCACCGAUGCGACAGUGGGGAGUGACUCCCCCCAUUUCUACCGUUCUCCCGACGCCAGAUGAACUGGCAGCAAAUGAUGAUUUGAUUGAAGAGCUCAAGGCGCAGAAUAACUUCGAAAGCCCUGCCGAGACUGAGCGAAGAAAGCAGGUGCUUCAGUUGAUGCAGCGUGUCACGCUCGAGUUUGUUCGUGUCGUCAGCCGUAAGAAGGGGAUGUCACCUGCGGCGACAGAGGCAGCAGGGGGAAAGAUCUUCACAUACGGAAGUUAUCGUCUAGGUGUCUAUGGACCUGGGUCGGAUAUUGAUACUCUGGUCGUCGGGCCCAAGCAUGUCACCAUCGAUGACUUCUUCGCUGACUUCCCCCCAACUCUGGAAAGAAUGUCCCCACCGGGAGCAAUUGAGAAGAUGACCCCUGUGCCAGAUGCGUUCGUCCCGAUCAUCAAGAUCGAGUUGUCUGGGAUCAGCAUCGAUCUGAUCUUCGCUCGCCUGAUCAUUCCCUCCGUGCCUCUAAACCUCGACCUUAAGAAUAAAGAUUACUUGAGGGGGCUGGAUGAAAAGGAAGUGCGGUCGCUGAAUGGAACCCGUGUGACUGACGAGAUCCUGGAGCUCGUACCUCAACAGAAGACCUUUCGUCUCGCGCUGCGGGCCAUCAAGCUUUGGGCACAACGUCGAGCGAUCUAUUCGAACAUUGUUGGCUUCCCUGGAGGUGUAGCUUGGGCGAUGUUGGUUGCGAGAGUCUGUCAGCUGUAUCCACAAGCGACGGGCUCUGUCAUCGUAGGCAAGUUCUUCAGGAUAAUGAACCAGUGGGCGUGGCCCCAACCAGUGCUGCUGAAGCCAAUCGAAGACGGCCCCUUGCAAAUGAAAGUGUGGAAUCCAAAGAUCUACCACGGUGACAGGUUCCAUCUCAUGCCAAUUAUUACUCCAGCGUACCCCUCUAUGUGCGCCACUCAUAACGUUUCAUUGUCCACUAAGGCUGUGAUCCUGCGCGAGUUGCAACGUGGUGGCGACAUCGUUGAUAAGAUCUUUAUGAAGCAGCUUACCUGGAACGACCUUUUCAAGAGACACAGUUUCUUCACGAACGACUACAAAUAUUACCUGAGUAUCACCUCCUCCAGCAAGACGAAAGAAGCGCAAUCUGUCUGGUCUGGCCUCGUCGAGUCCAAAUUGAGACAUCUGGUUGGAGCUCUGGACAGGAAACAGACAAUCGCAGUCGCUCAUCCAUUCCCGAAAGGCUUUGAAAGAGUUCACAUUGUCAAAAACGACAAAGAGGCAGAGGCCGUUAAGAAUGGCUCGACUCAAUACCAGGACAAGAAAACCGGCACUGAGACUACUGACCAGACGAACGAUCCGGCCCAUAACGCGGCUGCUCAGAACGGCGCUGAGAACUCCGAGGUCCCAGUGACAGAGAAAACAGGUGAAGGUGAUAGUCGGAUUAUCUAUACUACCACCUAUUACAUUGGUCUUGAGUUGAAGCCACUAGAGCCAGGCGCCUCGAGAUCGCUCGACAUAUCCACAGAUGCACAGAUCUUCAAGACGACAUGCACAUCGUGGCAAGGCUACCAGCCCGGUAUCAAUGACUUGUCGAUUACCCAUGUUCGAAACUUCGAUCUACCUGACGAUGUCUUCGAGCCCGGAGAAACGCGUCCUACGAGACCCAAGAAGAAGAUCAUCAAGAAAGCCGAGCCGACUGCUCAGAAGAGACCGAUCGAUGCUCUCGACGAGCAUCCCCAAAGUACUGCGAAGCGUGCGAUGCCAUCAAACACGGUACCGCAUACCGCCACGCCCGUUUGAACAGGUGUCCCUUUGUGACUAACCGCUACAUCCCUUCGGGGCUUGCCCCUUCAACGCAGUUACCCCCACGAGGUGUUCCCAGCUUCGUACCCUCUUCGAAGGCUCCCAGCAUCAGCAUGUAGUUCAACCAUCUAUGGUUCACCUCUAGGAUCGACCGGCGAUUCAGACUGAUUUGAUUCUAACACAGUAGUCUAGUUUUUCAUGACCCCGAGACGGGCAGGCCUGAUCAAGGUCGCGA